CUUACUCUUUCUCUCUCUCUCUCUCUCUCUCUCUUUCUCUAACUGUCACUCACUCUCAUAAUGCGGCUGCUGCUGGUCGCGCUCCUGCUAGCAACCGCAUCAGCAACCUCAUCGUCAGACGAUGCACCAUCAUCAUCAUCGUCGUCGUCGCCCUGUGGACGAGUCCUCCUCGCACGCGCCCGCCAGAGCGAGCUGACCAGCACCAAGGGCGACCAGGCUGCAGCAGCCGCCGCCGCCGCUGCCGCCACCAAGAAGCGCGGGCCUCCACUCGCAGGCACUCCUGGCGCAAGUAGUAGUGGCUCUGCUGGCUCUGCGGGCGCUGGGCUCAAGCUGCGCCAGGCAAAGUUCGCUGUGGCGGUGCUCUCGCCCGAUGGCAUCUUCCCACUCCCGCCACUCAAGUCUGCAGCGAGCAACAAGGACGAGCAAGCUGACGCGAGCAGCAGCAGCAGCAGCAGCAAUGCUCAGUCGAUGAACGCGUCGGACGCAUCGUCGUCAUCGUCGUUGUCGUGGGCAGCGCCGGAGGACACCGACUCGCUCUUGGCCGCCGUUCCGCUGCGUUAUAUUGACGCGGCGCAAAUGCUGGUGCACCAGCUGCGCACACUGGGCCAUGACGUGAUUCUGACAUCGCGGUUUGAUCUCAAGCUGGCGCGCGAGCGGCAGUUUAUCGUCCUCGCUGCACACCACUUGUUCAAUCGCGCCCAAUUCCCGCAGUCGGACGUUGCCAUUGUCAAGCAAGUGCUCGACGAGGCCAUCCUCUUCAAUCUCGAGCUUGUGGACUCGGAGGGCGACGAAAACAUCACCCCAGAGUACAUUGAGCUGCUGCAAGACCGAUGCGUUUGGGACGCGUCGUCCAUCAACGCGCAGCGCCUGGCAAGCGUCGGACUGACCAGCCCCGUCGAGCAUGUGGCGCUGUCCUUUGCACCGUGGCUCAACCGCGAGUACCGCGGUCUUGUGCCAAUGGCCUCGCUGACCAAGGACGUCGAUCUGCUCUUCCUCGGCAAAAUCUCUUCACGCGCGCGCGAGCUGCUCACCCUCGUCCAACAGCAGGGCAUCAAUGUCAUGGCGCUGGACGGCAGCCACGAGCGCGGACUGACAAUGCGCGAGCGAGACGUGCUCAUUGCCCGCGCCAAGGCCGUCAUCAUGCUGCACUCGAGCGAAGAGGCCGCAUCCACAGCAUCCUACAACGACGAGAACGAUCAUCAGCAUGAUCACAGCCACGCCUAUGAUCAAUCCGACGCCGGAGAGGGCGCUACCGACGACAUUCCCGAUGAACUGAAUCUGGACGACGAGGCGGCCGGUGUGGCACCCGACUGGGCCACCAUCAACCUGGCCUUGGAGAACAGAGUGUGCAUCCUGAUCGAAGGCCUCACCGAGGCCUCCGACGACCACCGCGGCUCUGGCAGCAGCGAUUCGGACGACCCCUUUUCCGACGCCAUCCCAUCGCGCACGCAGGCCUCAAAGCUCGCUCGCGGCGUCGUGACGGACAAGUCGUUGGUGCGCUUCCUGGCCGACGCCGGCGGCUUGGUGGUCUUUGAAACCGCCAGCGAGCUCGUCGAUUUGACAGCAAGCUUGCUCGUCGACGCCCCGGAUGCAGCGAGCGAGCGGAGUGCAAUUGCGCUCCGAGGUCAGCGCACCUUUGAGCAGCUCGACGCUUCCGGUAAUCUUCGUCGCCAACUGGAUGCCAUCCUCCCCGACGGCAUGACCAAGUUUGCGCAACGGCUGGUCGAAGGUACGCGCCUUGUGACACAGUUUGAAACCCACCAGGCGGGCGCCUCGGACCAGCCGAACGUCAAUGUCAGGACGGGGCACCACUACCCGUCCAUCGUGUUGGCGGCAGAUGUCUCGCUGUCACAGCGGGCCCAAAAAGCGCAUCAGUACAACCCGCAAGACGCGCUAUUGGAGCGCGCGGUUGGCUUGUUCGAAAAGCUCACGCAGAGCGCUCCCAAGAGCAGCGCGGCGCUGGCGGGCAUGGGUCGCGCCCUGUUCCUGCUCGGUCGCUACAAGGACGCCGCCAAAUACCUCGAGCGAGCUCGCCGGCGGAAUGAAGACGACCCCGAAAUCUACGAGCUGCUUGGCCUUGCCCAACAGAGCUUGGAAGAGUACGACGAGGCCAGCGACGGUUUCUUGGCAGCGCUGGAAACGACGAUCGAGCAAGAGUCGCACCAUGGCACCGCCCUUGGCACGUGCCCUGUCAGUGUGCUCGUUCAUCUGGCCGAUGUUUCGGCUCAGCGAGAUGAUUACGAGCGGCUUGCGACUGUGAUUUCAAGAUUGAUGGACUGCGCACCAGGCAACCGGGACGCACUCCUGGCUUUCGGCUACGCGUCGAUCAGCCUGGAGAUUCCCGAGAACGUUGAUUGGGUGUUGACCCAACUCGGUGCACUGGAUGGCGCCGAGCAAGAUGUCGCAGAUCUCGACCAGGCGCUUGUCAAACUGCGGCAAAAUCUUUCCCUGCAGUAACGCCUUGGCUGCCCUUUUUUUUUUUGACAUGUUACCGUCUUGGUUUGAAUUUUUGUUUAAUUGCUGCUUUUUUGUUUCUGCUGCUAUCUGUAUUCUGAAGUUUCUGGUUUUACUUUGUACAAGAACUUUUUUUUUUUUUGUCUACAAAAUGGUUUGGUUGCAACCCGCACCUGGUUUCAAGCUUGUUUGAGUUGCAUGUACACUGGCAGCAGGGACGCCAUUGGGAACAGACUCCAGAUGGUCGUCCACAUGACACGGUUGGAUGCGCCCUCGGA